GCACGUCAAAAUGCAAGUAGAUAAAUAGGAACCGCUACAGCGGGAAGGUAAACGGCGUUUCCAUGUGCUGCUCUGGUUUGCCAGAAGCGGCUUUGUCAUGCUGGCCACAUGACCUGGAAGCUAUACGCUGGCUCCGUCGGCCAAUAAUGCGAGAUGAGCGUGCAACCCCAGAGUCGGUCACGACUGGACCUAAUGGUCAGGGGUCCCUUUACCUUUUUUAUGCAUUCACCUUAAUUACACUGCUAUUUUAUACACACACCAGAGCCUCCCACUCUGAAUCUCCCAGUCAGAAUCAUCACUGAAUCAGGGGGGUCAUUAUUUCAUUGUGUUUUUUCAUGUUAUUGUUAUUUUAUGUUUUUAUACUCUAAAGCAUCCUGUGAUCUUAGGAUGAAGGGCAGUAAAAUGAAUGAAUGAAUGAAUGGGGCUUACACAUUUCUAGCUUCAGUCUAUCCAGGUCUUGGUUAGUGGGGAAGAAAAGGGCCACCUGCCUCAAGCAGGACUUUGCUGGACCCUGUGCUCUUCUUUGCAGCCUGCAGGCAGCCUGCCCAGAGGCUUGGCAGCACAAUAUUAAGAGCUGUGCUCAGUCUGCCUUAAAUGAAAGAGAAAAGUCAAGAUCCAUGGCAAGUAGGAACUAUGUCAAAUGGUUCCCUGUAUCUGCCAUUGAGGUUUUGCUACUCCUUUUGCUGGCACAUUACACUUUCAGAUUUAUUUGUAGUUCAUUCACUCUGAAAAGUCUAUGAUCCUUUGAUCUUUGCAACUGUUGAGUAUGUUAAAUCUGAAUUUUCUUUUUGGUCUUUUUACCACAUGAAAAAGGAUUUUCUGCCUUCAUUAUACAUACAUGAGCUUAGCUCAGGGGACCCAAUUUCCUCUUUGUUUUCUCAAUAACAGGUAAUCUAAAAUUAGAUCAACUGGGAUCACAUCAAAAGAGGGAUGACUGUUGAAAGAAAAUGUAAUUCUGUCACCAAUUCCAAAUUAAAAUUGUGUGUGUGUGUUUUCAUUACAGAAAAAAAGAACAAUUAAUAAGGGACAGCCACUUAUCCAGACUAAUUUAACAAUGAUUAAUCUGAACAUCACCACUCACAAACUGAUUAUGGAACUGGAAGCCCACAGUUCAAGAUGGCAUCCAAAAUGAUGCCCUGAACUUAUGCUUCCAUUGCCAUAUAACGGUAGGAGCUUGAGAGAAACAGUAAAUGGCUGAACUGAGAUACAGUACCUACAAAAUCAUCAGAAUACGUAUACACUUAUACCAAAGCAUAGCACAAUAUAAAUUACAUAAUCUAUGCUGCAACCUUUAUAGUCUUGUCCAAACAUAUAAUGCUUUUAAAUUAUAUUGUUCUGUAAAAUACUUCAUAGACUCACUUGGCAUUCCAAAAAACAUAGAACACUAAACAAAACAUCACAGCUAGAAGCCUAGAGCAGACAAUAUUUUUAAUGUUUUAUAAUUAUGGGUGUCACUGUAGCCUGCAGUUUGAGCCCCUCCCAAAAAGUUUCCAAGUUUUAUUUAGUUUUAAAAAUUAAAAUGUAUUUUUUUAAAAAGCUAAUUGCUCCUAUAGGUCCCUGAUACAAUGCUGUGAUGCCGAAAUAUUUUUCUGUGAUCCUCUAAGACCCCACAUUUAUCCUUAAAAAGAAAGAAAGAAAGGCCAUGCUCACUGUUGCACUUCAACAAGCAGCCCUUGGAGGGUUGACCAUGGGUAGAUGAGACCCCCCAGACCCCCAAAAAAGAAAGGGGGAAAAGAAGACCACAUAAACUACUGACUGGUCAUCUUGAUGUCGAUACCAGGAAAGGUCCUCAAACAGAUAAUUAAACAGUUGGUCUGUGAACACUUAGAAAAGGAUGCUGAUUACUAAGACCCAGCAUAGAUAGAUAGAUACAUAGAUAUGUAUGUACAGUGGAACCUCGGUUUAUGAACACCUCGGUUUAUGAAUUUUCAGUUUAUGAACGCCGCGGACCCAUCUGGAACAGAUUAAUUCAUUUUCCAUUACUUUCAAUGGGAAAGUUCGCUUCAGUUUAUGAACGCUUCAGUUUAUGAACAGACUUCCGGACUCAAUUACACCCAUGCUUCAGUUUAUGAACAUUUCAGUUUAAGUACUCCGCGGAACCGUCUGGAACGGAUUAAUCCACUUUCCAUUACUUUCAAUGGGAAAGUUUGCUUCGGUUUAUGAACGCUUCAGUUUAAGUACUCCGUGGACUGUCUGGAACGGAUUAAUCCACUUUCCAUUACUUUCAAUGGGAAAGUUCGCUUCAGUUUAUGACACCAAACUGGGAGGGGUAGCUGAUGCCGCAGGAGAGAGACUUGGGAUUCAAGAUGACCUUAAUAGAUUGGAGAACAGGAUCCAGUAGGGCCAAAUGUCAGGUUCUACACUUAGGCAGGAAGAACCAGCUGCACAAAUAUAAUAUGGGAGACACCUGGCUUGCCAGUAGUCCAUGUGAAAUGGAUCUAGGGAUAUUAAUAGACCACAAGCUGAACAUGAGUCCACAGUGUGAUGUAGCAGCAAAUCUUUUUUAUUUUAAAAAUGCUAUUCUAGGCUGCAUCAACAAAAAUAUAUUGUUCAGGUCAAGGGAAAUAAUAGUAGUACUCUAUUCUGCCUUGGUGAGACCACACAUGGAGUCUUGUGGCACCACAGUUUAAGAAGGAUGUUGAUUGUAGCUCUCUGUCAAAAUAAACUUCACCCUUAAAUGCUGGUGCAUUUUGUUGCUCUCUCCCAACUUGUUGAGACAAGAUAUCCGCUAUUUUCUCUCUCACAUCUCCGCUCAUCCUGUAAAUAGUUCCUGCAUGAAUAAAGCCUUUGAACCCCAAAGACUCCAGAAAUUGUAAGUGAUUAUUCUAAUCUAAUUCACCCAAACUGCAAGAGCUGCUAGCACAUACACACCAUACAAUUUAUGCACAUGUCUGCACCUUCAAGAAUCCUGGCAACCCAUCACUCUGUCCACUACACCAUGCUGCCUCUUCAUAGUUUUCUUCAUCUCCUCCUGACAAUUUUCACAGCACUAGCUUUCUUGCAGGUCAAAGUACUUGAUAAGCAUCCUUAAGUAAACCUUGAAGUGAUUAUUUCAGGCAUAAUCCAUCCAAACCUACCCCCUCCUCUGUGCCAGUGAUAAAGCAAGUUAACUGGAAUUUGUAACCCUAUAAAUAAUAGAGAAAACACGCCCACAAUGUAUUUCAAGAAUGCUUUUUCGAGUUGAGGGUUGUAUGGCCUUUGUUGGCUGGUUGCUUUCAGUUCUUCCACACACAUGUAUUAAAAGCAGCUCUCCUAAAGCUCACUGCAUGCAUUAAUCCUGUGUACACAGAUUGGCCUUUCACUGAUGUGUACCCAGCAAAGCUCGGCGAGGCAUAUUCUAGACAUACUGUAACAAAACUCCGUCAGUGCCAAAUGUUUACUUCAAUAAUUGUAGCACGGAUGUGUAAAUAAAAAUUGCUGUAGUGGCUUCAAUAGUAAUGAAAUCUUCUUGAUAUUAGGGUGAAUACCGUACUGCAUUUAGCAGUGUUUUCAAGAGAUGUUUAAAGUAGUGUUUGUGAAUGAAUGGAUGCGGAGAGGGAGGGGAGAGUGUGACAUGCAGAAUGUUAAAAUGCAAAGCACUACCCUCUGAUUGGCUCAUGGAAAGUGGAUACUGUAGAUAUAAACUAGCAACUGCAUCCUCUGGUCUUUAUAACUGUCACAAAGAAAGCAGACGGGAGAGAGAGAGACAGAGAGAGAGAAGGACAAAAUCUCACCAACAAGUCUGAAAUCUUGACAUGGAUUCUACAGAGUUCCGAAAAAGAGGAAAAGAAAUGGUGGACUAUAUUGCAGAUUACCUGGAGACGAUAGAGAAAAGACAGGUCUAUCCUGAUGUGGAGCCUGGCUACCUGAGGCCCCACAUCCCAGAUUCUGCUCCUGAAGAACCUGAGAGAUUUGAAGAUAUCCUUAAAGAUGUUGAAAAUAUCAUUAUGCCUGGGGUGACUCACUGGCACAGCCCCUACUUCUUUGCCUACUACCCAACGGCCAACUCCUUCCCAGCUCUUCUGGCUGACAUGCUCUCUGGGGGCAUAGGGUGCAUUGGGUUUACAUGGGCAUCAAGCCCAGCUUGCACAGAGCUGGAGACAGUUAUGCUGGACUGGCUAGGGAAGAUGAUCAACUUGCCACCAUCAUUUCUGGCCGAGAAGGAUGGAGAGGGGGGUGGAGUGAUCCAGGGCACGGCCAGCGAAGCUACCUUGGUUGCGCUGCUUGCAGCUAGAAGCAAAGCGAUCCAUCGGGCACAAUCAGGAAAUGGAACGCUGACUCAGGGAGACAUCAUUGGCCGGCUGGUGGCUUAUACCUCGGACCAAGCUCAUUCAUCGGUUGAAAAGGAUGGCUUGAUUGCUGGAGUUCAAAUCAAGCUGCUCCCCACAGAUGACACAUUCGCUGUACGUGGGUCAGCCCUAAGGAAAGCUGUAGACAAAGAUAAAGCCGCUGGCCUCAUUCCAUUCUUUUUUUGUGCAACACUUGGAACCACAACAUGCUGCUCCUUUGACAAACUGUCAGAACUGGGUCCUAUUUGCAAUGAGGAGAAUAUUUGGAUGCAUGUUGACGCAGCCUAUGCUGGGAGCUCAUUCGUCUGCCCUGAAUUCCGCCACCUUCUCAAUGGAGUGGAGUUUGCAGAUUCAUUUAACUUCAACCCACACAAAUGGCUCUUAGUAAAUUUUGACUGUUCUACUAUGUGGGUGAAGAAGAGAACAGAUUUAACCUGUGCCUUUAAAAUAGAUCCUGUUUAUCUGAAGCACGACCAUCAAGAAUCAGGACUUAUUACAGAUUAUAGGCACUGGCAGAUCCCCUUAGGCCGUCGGUUCCGUUCUUUGAAGAUGUGGUUUGUGUUUCGGAUGUAUGGAGUGAAGGGACUACAAGAGUAUAUCCGCAAGCAUGUUAAGCUGGCACAUGAAUUUAAGGACUUGGUGUUGCAGGACGAUCGAUUUGAGAUCUGUGCUGAUGUCAUUCUGGGACUGGUGUGCUUCCGACUAAAGGGUACUAAUGAACUGAAUGAAGCACUACUUAAAAACAUAAACGAUUCCAGGAAGAUUCAUCUUGUUCCCUGUAACCUGAGAGGGAAAUUUGUGCUGCGUUUCGCAGUCUGUGCCCGCACAGUGGAGUCUGCCCAUGUUCAGUUUGCCUGGAAGCACAUUACAAAGUUGGCAGGGGAACUUCUAAAAGCACAGAAGCAGCGAGAUUAAUGGCUAAAAUUCACUUGAAGAUUGAAGGAAUUAGGAAGGACAAACUGUAGCGAUGAAUUAUUUCGCUUCUGGCAUGACCGAUACAUGCAAAACUACCAUAAUCAAACUGUGCUGCUAUAACCCAAAUCCAGGAAGGAUGUAGAUGAAAACACUAAUCAUUGCUUUGCUGGAUCAGUCCAGGUUCCUUAUGGCUCAGCAUUCUGUAUCCAAGAGCCCCAGCCAGCUAGAUGCCUGUGAGGCCUUUCAAGCACUGACAGCGUCCUCCUGUGGUUUGUUGCCAGUGUCUGGAAUGCAGAAAGAUAAACUGGUUCUGUACUUGGCAGUUCCAUUUAGUAAUCAUGGCUAAUAAUAAUUUCUCACAAAAGUUCCCUCUAUGCAUUUGCCUAAAAGUGUGUGGGCCCCACACUUCUAAGCCACCCCCUUAGCUUGUGGCAGGUGGAGUCAGUACCCAGGAAAAGCAGACAAGAUUAAAAUUUUAGUGUUUUUUAUAUAAAAAUCAUAAACAAUCAUUUUGUGAAGGAUAUGAGAGGAGGCAGUAAACAAUAGAAAUGGUAUCAAAGCUGAUAACUGUUCAGAUUGAAAAUCAAAAAUAUAUGGAAAACUUUUUUCUUUUUUUCUUUUUUGUGUUCACUUAAUUGUUCCCUUUUUCGAACUAUUGAAUCACUCACUUUAUUUUGGGUAUUUUCAGAGUUGCAUUGUUCCUAGGUUGUUUCAAGAUUGUUACCCUGAAGGAGUCAUCCUUGUUUCAUUGGACAGGCAAUCUUGUCCAGCUCCUCUCAUGUACCUGAAUCACAUCUAUCACUGCAUAUGCUUGCUGCUUACGGCAGAAUGUUUGCUGUUUCUCCUGGUCCAAAAGAAAGAAAUAUCUAGUCUUUUAUCUUUGUUUGCUAGUGACUACAGCCUCCUUGGUUUUGUGAAAGGAACCCUUUGAUUAUAUGAAACCUGGUGCAAAUUGACAGGUAGUUAUACACAGGAACAUUUCUUGGAUAAACACAUCCUUUGGAGUCAUGUCAAAAAACGAAUUUGCUAUUAUGGUAGUUUUGCUAAUAUUGAGCAAGCUGUUGAUGACACGUACAAAAUCUGAAUUAAGAAAGUAUUAAUAACACAGAUAUAUCUAACACCCUGAUUCUAAUUAUAUUACAGUGAAGCAAGUUUAUUUCUGCGUAGCUUUCAUUGGAAUAUUGAUCUGGAUUGCUGUUGUAAUUCUCAAAUGUGCUUGUGUGUAUUUCUGUGUUGAUUCACAAUUCAGUAUCUGGGUAGCUCCAGGCACCCCUCCAUUUGUGCGCGAUUGGCAUGCACACGACCGCUGACACAUGCAUUGUUAUGGGCACCACAGGACAGAGACGGGGCGGGGGUGGAACGGGGCGGCCUGGCAUGUGUCCCACUGAUGCACACGGUGCCUCAGGAUGCAACCUCUGCAUACAUGGGGAGUUGCCAGUGGCCAUCUCAAGUUCUUCAGUGCUUAACUCUGAAUAACCAGCAAGCUUGGUUUGUGGCUGUAUUUCUCUGAAUUGCAUGUGGGGCUAACUUGUUUUGAAUAGUCUAUCGUACAAAAAGCUAUUUCCACACAGAAAACUACACACACACACACACACACACACACACACACACACAGCAAGUAUACGAAUAGUCUAGAACCGUUCUUCUUGGUAUCUAAUUUUCUAUGUGCAAAUAAUUAGUUUUCAAUCAUGUGAAACUUUGUCUAGAGUUGGAAGUUAUACAACCCAGAAACAAGUUUACUAUGUCAUUGAGAAGUAGGCCCUAGUUAAGCUAAGCAAUGCACACAAUAAUGGUUAAUUUACUUUUAAGUUUCUAUCACUAAAUGCACCAAAACUCUAAUAAUUAGAAACCAGUACACCUGUGCCUUUGAUACCUUGUUUGCGGGGGGUGGGGGGGGUGUUGUUUUUUGGAUCUUUAUUUUGGAUCUUAUGAUUUAUGUGGGAAUUGUUCAGUUUUUUGAUGCUUCAUUUAUCGUUUAUGACUAAGCUGCCUUGAGCAUGGUUUGAACUGUGGAAAGGCAGCAUACAAAUAAAAUGGUUGAUUGAGUGAUUCACAUAAUCGUAGAACUGUAGAAUUGUAAAGUUGGACGGGAGCAAGGGGCUCCUCUAGUCCAGCCCCAUGGAAUGCAGGAAUAUUUUUGCCCAUGUGGGGCUUGAACCCACAACCUUGAGAUUAAGUCUCAUGCUCUUCCAGCUGAGCUUGAUUGAUUGUGCAGAGCACACAGCACAUCCCAGAAUCCCCUCUGAAGAUCCAGCAAGCCUGCAGUGCAACUCAAGCAGAAACAACAAACAUGUCGUUGUGUUCCAAUUUCCAUCUCUAGGUAAAUACAAGUUGUUAAAUAUUGGUAUUUUGGUUUGCUACGUUUUAAAAUCUGUAUAGUGCCUCACCUCCCUGUCUUACAGCAGAAACAUAACACAUGGACACACAUGAUGUAUGUGAGCAUAUGUAGAGCAUCUCAUUUAUGAAGACAACUUGAUUUUUUUUCUUUCUAAAAAUGAACAAAGGAACACAGUGCUUUUGAGGCCUCACCCAUCUGGUGAGAGGCAGCUUUUUUUUCACAAGGGGAGGGGGAGAGAUUUUAAAAUACAUUGUAUUUGAAGUAUUGAGGGCUGAUGUUUGGCUCUGAAGGGUACUGGGACUAACAGCUGGUGUUUCCUGUCUGUGAACAAGUCCUGGCUACAUCACCACUAUCAUUUUUGUACUGGUGUUAAGAAAUCACCAUAAUCAAUAUAAAGUAGUCGCAUUGAGGUGUGGCUGUUGGACGAGGGCAGGGAAGGCUCAACUCCUUAGUUAGUCACUAUUUCUCAGUGAGAAUAAAAUGCGUCCUGUGCAGAAAUGGGUGAGAGAGAACUGAGCAUGUCUCCUUGAUGGGAAGCUAGGAUAGAAACAUAAUAAAUGAAUAAAAAAAGCAUUUCAAGGGAGAACAUUUUCAUUACCAAAGACAUUUGUAUACUCCAGAUUGUAAAAGAAUAGUACUUGUACAACAGAUGGAUCUUUAAUAACCUAGAGCUAUUGUGGCAUUCCAGAUUUCACCAUCUAUCAUGGCUGAUAAUAUUAAUUGCCUGUGAACAUUUACUGGACAAAAGAAUAAACAGUUUCAUCUCUGAGGUUCUUUCUCAUCUUCUUUGCCCCACUGAUAUACCAACAGGGUUUUAACAAUAAAUCACAUUGAGCAUUUUCUUUAACUGCAAUUUAUACAGUAUCUGAAAGAAUUCAGAAUCUCAUUGAAUUCCCUUUCUAUUUCUAAAUUAGGGAAAUAAUUGAUUUACAGUAUUAGCUGUAGAUUAUGCUUUAUGCCAAGGCAAUGUGAAGUUUCUGAAGUUUUCUGUGUGCUCUGGGUACCUAAGAACUCUCUGCUCUGAUUAUUUAGUGAACUCUGUUGUGAAAUUGUUGCCACUGGUUCCAACCAUUUAAGAAAAUGCUAUUUUAUUUAUUUCUUCUUGCUGACCGGUCUCCUGAGGUUUUAUAGCUGCAUUGACAGGCAGGAAUUCAGGAGGAAACCUGUAACAGUAGUCCUGUCAGGGGGGAGAGGAGACAAGCCGAUCAAUAGUGAUAUAAUAUGGCAAAGGCUUCUUCCAUUCAAUCUCGUUUAGUGGAUAGGUGAAGUGCUGCUCUGUUGUGCUUAUAUUGUCCUACCCACUGCUUGUAAAAUGUGUAUGUCUGGACAUGCCUGGCACUAUUUUUCCACCUAUAAUCACUCAUUCAUAGAGUUACUGAGCCAGGAUCCAAUGUGUCUUUUCAGCAAAACCUCACAAAACUGCUGAAAUUAUGUAUUGUUAGCUGUUAUUUUGUAAUUUCAUAAAUGCACUUAAGCAGAAAAUCAAACCUCAAAAGUACAGUACAAGGAGGAAAAAUGAUUUAAUAUUGCAGUGUUCCCUCAUUUUGUACAAGAAUAAUAUUUGUGUACUAGAGAUUAUAUAUAUGCACUUCCUUCUUGGUUAAUAUAUUUUAAAAUAGAUGUUAAUUCUGCUAUUGUGCAUGAUAUUGUGUAUUGCUAAAGUGUAUGGCAACACACCAGACUGCAUUAAACUGAUGCUGUAGGGCUGCAUUUCUCUCUUCAUUCUUGCUUUCAAUGUUCUGAUGGGGUUUGGCUGGGUUUUUUUAAAAAAAUAAAUCAAUGGUUGUUAUUAUACAUAGGCUCAUAGCUGAGGAAAUAAAACGAAAGGGGACCCUGUUACACUGGCCCAUAGCUUUGCUUACCAAUGCAAAGCUACAUUCGAGUUUGGUUCUAGAUCUAAUUUUGUGGCCAUUUUUUCCCCUUUCACAGGAGGGCCUUUUGCUGUCAGCUGAGUCUUCUCUUUCCCUUACUUUGGUGGUGGUGGUUAGGCCCAGCCAGGGUCGGUGCUAGGGUUUUUGGCGCCCUAGGCGAGGUCACCUUCUGGCGCCCCCCCCCAGUGUGA